GACACAGACACGUACGUACGUAUGCGUUAGCCUCUACACACAUUUGCCUGAAUCGUGCGUGGACAUAAGUGAAACUAACUCGUUUCUUCUAACUUCCGAUUGACAAAAAAUACUGUAAUAAACAAAAUGUUGUUCAGAUUGAAAUUUCUUGUUCCUUGUGCCGUUCUGGCGUCCUCCAUUUUGCAGAUCAUUCUGUGUGAAGAUGAAAAUACGGGGUGGCCAAUUGACUACGAGUUCAACUCCAAGACGCUGCCAUCUAUUGAAGUCAAGUUGAGUCCGCCAGAAAAUCCUUUACCGCAAGUGGCGGCAGAAAUUAAGCUGCUGGAAUCUGCGAGGCUUAAACUGGAGGAGGGGAUGAUGCAGAAGCUGGAAGACGAAUACAACAAAUCCUUGUCGAGCGCAAAGAUAAAAAUACAAGACACUGUGGAAAAAUCGCUAAGCAUUUUCAACGACCCGAAUAUGCUCGGCUCGGUCAUUUCUAAUUCCGUCAAAAUGUUAAGAAGUGAAAAUGUAAAGAAGCGCACAGAAAAUGUUCAGGCGAAACAUAACUUGAAGAAAAUGCAGACGGUUAAUCAGGCAAAAAGCGGGCCACUGCCACCGCCAGAACUUAGAAAACACACGUCCUUUCUGGAACAGAAUUAUGUUAAUAGGGUGUUGCCUUCUGUGAAGAUAUCGCUGUCCGAGUUAACUGAACCCAGCGUAGAGAUAAAGGAAAAAAUCGAAGAGAUGGAGCAGUACCGGACCGAUGAGGAAGUUGCGAUGUUCGAAAUGGCCAUAUCUGAAUUUUCCAUCUUAACGGACAUAACCAUUCUGGAGCUGGAGAAGCAGAUCCAGCUGCAGCUGAACCCGUUCCUGGUGGACAAGAAGGUCGUGCACCGAGCCCUGACGAAGGAGCUGAAGGAGCUUGAACAACGGGAGGAAAAGCAAAAGAUAAAGGAGAACUUCCAAAGGCAGUCGUCCUUCAUAGAGGCGGGGGAAGAUGAAGAUACGGGCAACAUAUUGAAUGUAAAAAUAAGCCAGACGGAUUACGGGUACCCCACGGUUGACGAACUGGUGAUGCAGAUGCAGAAGAGAAGGGACAUUUCAGAAAAACUGGAGCGACAAAAAAUUCUAGAUUUACAAAUGAAGUUAUUAAAAGCGCAGAGCGAAAUGAUCAAGGAUGCUCUGCAUUUUGCCCUUUCCAAAGUUAUAGCGCAGUAUUCGCCCUUAGUAGAAACGAUGAAGCUAGAGUCUAUGAGAAUGCUUUAGGGUCAGAGGAAAUAUCCCGAGUGAUCCUCCUUACCCCCGUUGUGAAUUCCUUUUUUGUUUAACUGUUUGGGGGCUCUCCAAUUUUUUGUUUGAGCCGCUUGUUCCUUGCGCGCUCGUCAUUUUGUAAGCAAUGUGGUCGCCACGUCGGCUCAACUGUGGUCGCCAUUUUGUUGCCCCUUUGUUGACGCCCGCGUAUACCUGUAACCACCCGAAAGAACGGCAAAAACGCGUCAUUUGGCUCACCAGUAGGUCAUUCUUAAAAGAAUUAAUUUAACGGGAUGGAGUCAUCCGUGAGCAGUUUUGUGCGGAAAAAGCUUAAUACACAGAUGCGUAAACAAAUAGCAGCAUGCGUGCCAGGGAGCACUUAGAGGGGCACCCACGUAAGCAAUGUAGCUAUUUUGCAUCUUAACGGGCGAGAGGGACGCUUAAGAGCGAAGCUGAUAUGUAAGUUUGUGGCGAAAGCGAUUCUCGUGACGUUCUUCCUUUGGGUUCUUAUCAAAAGAUUCGACCCGUGAACCCUCCCUCCAUUGCUACCACCUGUUCAUUUGUACAUAUGCACAGAUGUGAAUAUACCCACGCGAAAGCGCAUGUAUGGUACCACCUCCCCAUUUCUGCAUAUCUGCUUGAACACUAGCAUACCGUUUUGAAUAGGACUAUAUGUUCAUAGCCGUCACAGCGACUCCGCUUCGGCAGGCACCAUUUUCCGAACGUAGAUGUUUUGUUUCCCUUAUGGGUGCACCUUGCUGAGCAUACUUGCCCUCUUCCUCUCUGUCAGUAUUUCUCCCGUGGCAGUUACCCCCUUUGUGGUGAAGCACCAAAGGGGCAUUCCAUCAAGGGGGAACUACAUACGUAGGAAAACCUACCCACAGAGUUUUAGCAUAUGCAAGCGUACUAACAGAUACGUAGCCAAGGAGACAAACAGGUGUCACCGGAAGUGUGAAGCCAAUUUGUAUCGCCAUUUUGAGAGGCGAAAUGACUGGGUCGCUAAUACCUGUGUGGGCAAGAGGAGGGCGAGACUCUACCUAUGCAGCAGCCCCCUUCGCGCGAAAAGGAGAAACAGAAAUGAUAAAUUGAACGUGCACCAGUUGUCCCAUUUCGAGCGUAGCGCAUCAGAAGAGAAGUGCAAAUUGGGCGUAAGAGAGGAAGACGAAGAGGAAACCAUGAGCCAUACUUCGUCGGUAAGUGGGGUGAUUAAAAAGGCAAAUGGGGACGCCGCGAAACCGUGCGAUGGUGCUGCAAACGAAGUGGACGGUGUAGGUGAGAAGGACUCCUACCCGCAAGACAACCACCCACCUGUUCAGCCAAAUUUAAACAAAACAAAGAAGCAAAAAAUUAUACUCAUCAUCGGAGUAACAUGCAGUGGAAAAACCAAAUUUAGCAUAGACUUGUGUGAGGAACUGUUGAAGCGUAAUGUAGAGUGCGAAAUAAUUAGUGCCGAUUCUAUGCAGGUUUAUCAAAAUUUCAAGGUGGGUAUAGCCAAAG